AUGGAGAGUUCAAAUCAAACAUCUGCAGACAGAUUCAUCCUUCUUGGCCUCACCAGUACCCCAUACCUACAGGCACUAUGUGUCCUUUUGAUUUUGAUAAUGUAUUUAGUCACAAUAUCUGUAAACGUGUUACUUAUGACUGUGGUGGGGACCAGUGUUCAGCUGCAGACGCCCAUGUACUUUUUCCUGUGCAACCUCUCCGUCAUUGACAUCGGCCUCUCCUCCACCAUUGUGCCGACACUCUUAAUCAAUACUGUCGCUCGUGACAAAAGUAUUUCUCUCUUAGGAUGUGGCGUACAGAUGUACUUCCAUUUAGGUCUCGGAUGCACUGAGUGUAUAACUCUGUCAGUCAUAGCCUAUGAUAGGUACGCAGCCAUCUGUCAACCUUUACACUACUACCAAAUUAUGAGUAAAACAGUGUGCAUCUGCUUAGCUUCUGGAUCAUGGGCCGUCUCACUGAUCAACUCUGCCAUUCAUGUGGUCUUGACUUUCCAGCUGCCUUUCUGCAGGUCCAACCAUAUCAACCAUUUCUUCUGCGAGAUGCCUCCUUUUCUAUAUAUCUCUUGCGGAGACCCUUGGCUUAAUGAGUUGGUCAUGUACAUCGCUGCUAGUAUAAUUGGUGCAGGCUCCUUCUUGUUGACUCUUAUUUCAUAUUUUUCUAUAGUUUUGACAAUUCUUAAGAUGUGUUCUACUGAAGGAAGAAUAAAAGCAUUUUCCACUUGUGCAUCCCAUCUCACAGUGUUCUUCCUGUACUACGGGACUAUCCUGUUUAUGUAUUUGCACCCUCACUCGGACAAUUAUCCAGAAACAUCCAAGACGGUGUCUAUUAUUUACACAGUUGUGACUCCAAUGCUAAAUCCUAUCAUCUAUAGCAUAAGGAAUGGGGACGUUAAAAGCAGCAUUAAAAACAAACUGGGCCUGUUGAUAUAA